AUGACUGGCCAAAAGCCAUGGGCCGAUGGGCCCUUUGCCCUCAUCAGCAGUGCUCGUGUAGGAUCUCAGAAAGGUGUGAAGACCACCGGAGCCAGGCGCAUGGCCGAAGACAUGAUCAUUAUCCACAACAUGAUCAUCCGCAUCAUCAACACGGUCUACCUGCAGUGCAUCAACGUAGAGAAGUCGCCGAACGACGUCCAGGACUUUGUUUCGUACGCCAUAGAGUGGGCAAAGAUGGUGGAGGAACACCAUCACACUGAGGAGAGGGAUGUGUUCCCGGCAAUCGAGAAGAUGGCAGAAGCACCGGGGCUCAUGGAAACCAACAUCGCCCAACAUGAGGCCUUCACUGGCGGAUUGCAUGAGUACCUGAGCUAUUUGGAGAAAGUGCAAAAGGGGGAAGGGGAGGGCGAGGAGGCGUACAGCGGAGUGAAGCUCAAGGGCAUCAUUGACUCGUUCAUGCCAGGCCUUCGGCAGCACUUGAGUGACGAAAUUGACACGUUGCUGAAGCUUGGAGAAUAUGAUGUCGAAUGGGACGAGUGGUUUGAGAGACUCAUGAAAGAGCUGCUUAGCAAGAGCAACGACCCGGCGCUUAAGACAACAACGAUCCCGCUUCUUCUCACAAACCGAGACAAGUCGUUCGAAGACGGAAUAUAUGCGUGGUGGCCAGCGCUGCCGUGCCAGUCCAAGCUUUCCCAAGAGCAGCUUGCUGAACUGCAGAAGUCGACCCAUUUCGAUAAGAAGGAGUUGCAACAAUGGUACAAGGGCUUUCUCAAGGACUGUCCGUCGGGCAUGCUCACUAAGGAGGAGUUUCAGAAGAUUUACAGACAGUUCUUCCCGUUUGGCGAUCCAAGUUCAUUUGCAGACUACGUUUUCAACGUCUUCGACAGCGACAAGUCAGGAAGCAUCGACUUCAAGGAGUUCAUUUGCGCUCUAAGCGUUACGAGCCGCGGAAAAAUGGAGGACAAACUCGACUGGGCUUUCCAGCUGUAUGAUAUCGAUGGCGACGGGAAGAUUAGCUACGACGAAAUGCUUAAGAUCGUCGAGGCGAUUUACAAGAUGGUUGGCUCCAUGGUUAAGCUUCCUGAGGACGAAGAUACCCCCGAGAAGCGGGUACGGAAGAUUUUUCGCAUGAUGGACAAGGACGAGAACGGUAGUCUCGACAUGGAAGAAUUCAAGGAGGGUAGCAAACGUGAUGAGACCAUCGUAUCCGCCCUGUCUCUGUACGAUGGCCUGGUGUAA